AUGUUCCACGUUGUUGCGAGCAAGUUUGAAGCCUCACGCCCAGAUGGGCUGUGUCCUGGCUGGAGUGUGCGAGUCAAAGGUGAAACGAGCUCCAGCACUAAUACGUUUCAGAUUAAUUUCCUCUGUGACCCAGGAGAACAGGUAGCCCUCCACUUUAACCCUCGCUUUGCAGACUCUGUUAUCAUCUGCAACUCCUUUCUCGACAACUGCUGGGGGCAGGAAGUGGUGACUGACACUUUCCCUCUAGAACCCAAGGAGCCUUUCCAGAUUGAAAUCUACUCUGACCAAAACUACUUCCAUGUUUUUGUGGAUGAAAACAAAGUCCUUCAAUAUGAGCACCGACACAAGCAACUCUCCACCAUCUUCAAAGUGCAGAUUCUAGAUGACAUCCAAAUUUCCUCCGUGGAGGUCACCAGACGAGGUCUCUACUAG